UGCUGGAGCACACACACACACACACACACACAGAGCCAGUAUAAAGCCCGUGUGGGGCUGGACUCCGUCAGUCCAGACCAUGGAGCAGACCUACGUCAGACACGUGGAGCUCCUCGGCUUCGAGAGACGAGAUUUCCCCACCAAACAUUAUGUCUACAUGCUGAUGGUGAAGUGGAGCGACCUCUCAGAGAAGCUGGUCUACAGGACGUACCCAGAGAUCCACACCGUCCACAAAUCCCUGAAGGAGAUGUUUCCCAUCGAGUCUGGUCGCAUCGAGAAGAAGGACAGGAUUGUUCCCAAAUUACCAGCUCCACGGUGGGUGGACUCUCAGAAGUCAACAGAAACCCGUCAGAGCACGUUGGCAGAUUACUGCCGCCUACUGGUCAACCUGCCACCUCACAUCUCCCGCUGUAAACACCUGACCGAGUUCUUCAAGGUCCGACCAGAGGAUGAGAAACCACCAGCUGCCAACACACUGAGAAGAAACGAGGGCCCUGUGACAUCAGCAGAGUCUGUGACAGGAAACGCCUCAGAGAUUUCUGGACCCAUUAUUCUGGACACAUACAGCGUGAUUGCAGACUUCACCAAGACGUCCAAGGAUGAGAUUGAGUUGCGAGCUGGAGACCUGGUGGAGAUCGUGGAGAAGAAUUCAAAUGGCUGGUGGUUCUGUCAGUGUGACUAUAAGCGUGGUUGGGUUCCUGCCUCGUACCUGGAACCUUUGGACCAACCAGAAGAGGCUGAGGAGGCUGAACCAGACUACGGAGGAGAAUUCUUCGUCACCAUCAGCUCCUACACUGCGGAGCAGGAAGAUGAGAUUUCUCUUCAGUCUGGAGAAGUGAUUGAAGUCAUCCACAGGCUGCUGGACGGUUGGUGGGUCGUCAGAAAAGGUGAAGAGACUGGACAUUUUCCCUCCAUGUAUCUGCAGAAGACAGGAGACAAGGAGGGACAGGGGGGGGGACAGAGACACCCACCCGGAGGACAGAGGCUGCCGCCCCGCAGAUCCACCAUCAGAAAUGUAAAGAGCAUUCACGGCCGUGCUCGUCGGCGCCUCAGUCAGGAUGUUUAUCGUAGGAACAGCCGCCGCUUCCUGCAGCAGAGGAGCGAACGAAAAUCAAACGUGACUCCCGUCAAGAAACCGCUACAGGAGAGGAAGAACGAAGACAACAUUCCUGACACCAGCGACUCCAGUUCGGAGGGCGAGGUGAAGAGGCAGGUCCCGGUGGUGCCGCCCAGACCCAGUCCAGAACUGAUCCUGGAGCGAUGCACCGACAAAACCCGGAAGAGAGUCAGCAUCCACCAGACUCCGCCCUUUUCUCCAUGGACUUUGGUGCGGUGCUGUUUAGGCUGGUGGUUCUGUCAGUGUGACUAUAAGCGUGGUUGGGUUCCUGCCUCGUACCUGGAACCUUUGGACCAACCAGAAGAGGCUGAGGAGGCUGAACCAGACUACGGAGGAGAAUUCUUCGUCACCAUCAGCUCCUACACUGCGGAGCAGGAAGAUGAGAUUUCUCUUCAGUCUGGAGAAGUGAUUGAAGUCAUCCACAGGCUGCUGGACGGUUGGUGGGUCGUCAGAAAAGGUGAAGAGACUGGACAUUUUCCCUCCAUGUAUCUGCAGAAGACAGGAGACAAGGAGGGACAGGGGGGGGGACAGAGACACCCACCCGGAGGACAGAGGCUGCCGCCCCGCAGAUCCACCAUCAGAAAUGUAAAGAGCAUUCACGGCCGUGCUCGUCGGCGCCUCAGUCAGGAUGUUUAUCGUAGGAACAGCCGCCGCUUCCUGCAGCAGAGGAGCGAACGAAAAUCAAACGUGACUCCCGUCAAGAAACCGCUACAGGAGAGGAAGAACGAAGACAACAUUCCUGACACCAGCGACUCCAGUUCGGAGGGCGAGGUGAAGAGGCAGGUCCCGGUGGUGCCGCCCAGACCCAGUCCAGAACUGAUCCUGGAGCGAUGCACCGACAAAACCCGGAAGAGAGUCAGCAUCCACCAGACUCCGCCCUGAGUCUGAGUCCAGGAACUGACGUCUGGACACAGGAACA